GAGCUACCAAACCCCCUACAAUCGACAAGAAAAUCCGCAAUGCACAAACUCACUAUAUAACCACCAAACCCACAAUCUCCUCCACCAAAUACCCCAACCAACUACAUACAAAAAUGCCCCGAUACGCAGAAGACCACGAGCGCUACGAUGACAGCAACCGCGCAUUUCUCCAAGCCUUCAUGGCGCGGUCCACCAUGACCUUUUCAGAAGCAAAGCCCGUCCUGGCUGCGAUAUUCUCCGUCAGAGACAACGAACAAAUCUCACCCGAAGACAUAACAGAAGACGACCUCCAAGCCUACAUCGCAGCUGCCAACAGCGCCAUAUCCCCCUUCGACCUCGAAAUCCGGAGCAUACUACCCCAGAUAGAAAUCAACAACAAUGACCCCGACGCACCCCCUCCCCCAGCCCCCGAACGAGUCUACGCCCUCGUCAACACAACCAGCGACGCCCUCACCCAGCUCGCGACCACCUACUCCGCCGAUGAAAUUGCCUUCGUGAAGCGCAUCCUCGACGCCAUGUUCGACACAUACAACACCCGCCGCCAGGAAGCAAUGGUCAUAAGUAGUAUGCAGGCGCUGCAGCUAGCCAAGGCAAGCGCAGGGGACGCCAAUCGACGGGAGUCAGGGACACAGCAGCAGCAGGCGACGCAGGGGGGCGCGGCGCAGUCGUUGACGAUGACGCAGGCGGAGACGAUGCUGAAGCAGCUCGUCGAGCAGGGGUGGUUCGAGAAGAGUAGGAAGGGGUAUUAUCGGUUGAGUCCGCGGGGGUUGAUGGAGUUGAGGGGGUGGUUGGUGGCGGCGUAUAAUGAUGAGGGGAUUAGGAAGAUUAAGUUCUGUGCAGCGUGUCGGGAUAUUAUUACUGCGGGCCAACGAUGCGGCGACCGCGAUUGUACUGGACGCUUGCAUGACCACUGCAUGCGGAAUUUCUUUCGUAUGCAAAAGUCGGAGAGUUGUCCUGUGUGCAAGAGUGCUUGGCCGGGUGAUAGGUUUGUUGGUGAGCGCGCCAUCACUAUGUCUGAUCCGGCUGCGCAGAGGGCUAGACGCUCGGCUGCGAAUACUCAGCAGGCGGAGGCGGGACCUAGUACGCAGUUCACGCUGCCGGAGUUGGAGGUUGAAGAUGAAGUGGAUGGUGGUGAGGACGAGGCUGGGAGUGAUUGA